CUGAUCCGCAACUGCGAGCUCGCGCGCGCAGUUGUAGUAGCACUUGUGCGGCGGGUGUUUCGGGGAGAGGAUGUCCCCGAGGCAUGGGGCCGCGCGGUGCUGGCGAUGCUCCACAAGAAAGGCGACAAAGCCCAAGCAAAAAACUACCGACCGAUAGCCUUGCUCACCUUUGCUGAAAAACUCAUUGGCCUCAUAAUCUUGCGCCGGAUUGAAACAGAAGCGAUGAGCGCCAUCGACAAAAGGCAGAAGGGGUGCACCAGGGGGCUAAGCUGCAGACACG